AAGCCCGCUGUGCUGCAACCUUUCCCAAGUAGGCAGCUGAAGCAGCUGCCGCAGUUUGAAGGGCAGCAUGCAGAGCAGCUACUGUGGGGCACCUACCGGCCAGGCUAUUAUUUUGGCAUGCGCAUGCGCCGGCCCCAGUCCCUGCUCAUGGGCCUCAUGUGGGUGGACCCGCAGCGGCAGGACCCCCUGGGCAACAUCAGGCAUGAGGCCCAGCAGCGCGACGGUCUUGCCAAGUAUGGCUGGUUGCAGCACGAUGGCCAGGGUUAUGGCCUGCAGCAGCUGUGGGAUGAGCAGUUCAACAUCACCACGGCCUGGGCCAAACACCUGUGCCCGGAUUGCGGCCUGGGCGGCGAUUGGGGUGCCAGCGUCAGCAUCGAGGAGCGGCACAUUGGCGCCAGUGACCAGCCACGGCGGCGACUGCUGGAGGACGAGUAUGCAGAGCCUGAUGGGGACGAGGGCGGCGAGCAGCUGGAGGAGCAGCAGCAGAGGCCGCAGGUCGCGUCGCUGCGGCCUGUCAUCAGCGGCAGGACGGCGCCGGUGGGCAACUGGCAGCUGCACCUGCAGCGGGGCACCAGUCCUUCUGGCGCCACCCCCGGCGCGAUACUUGCCGUCAACUACCUGGCGGUGGCCACGCCCCACAUGCACAACCUGACCAACCUUGUGCGGGAGGGCGUGAUGGCCAGCGUGCGGCAGCAGCACGCGGCGGGGCAGCAGCAGUACCGCCUCGUCCUGCCCGACACCACCCAGCCAGGAAGCAACCUGGCCAUCUUUCAGGUCACCGCCGUGCUGCCACUGGCCAUUGACCUCAGCUUUGUGUCUGGCCUCAAGGCUGGCUCCACAGGGCAGCAUCUAGCAGGCCGGGUGGCAGCGGUCAGCGGCAGCGGCCUGAAACAGCGGCUUGCCGCCGGGGCGGCGGCAUUUGAGCAGCGGUUUGCAGGCACGUUUGGGUCGCUGGCUGGCGGCAGUGCUGCCGCACGGGCGCUGGCCCAGCUGCCUGGCGGUGCAGGAGCUGUGGCACGAGCAGCGCUGAGCAACAUGCUGGGUGGCAUUGGCUACUUCUUCGGCCACUCCCUGGUGCGCGUGAGGCAGCGGCGGCAGGGCCAGGUGGUAGAAACAACGGCCAAGCUCUGGGACACGGGCGUUUACACAGCUGUGCCGAGCCGGAGCUUCUUCCCCCGUGGCUUCCUGUGGGAUGAGGGAUUCCAUCAGCUGCUCAUCAGGCAAGCUGCGCAGUGGGAUGCCGCCAUCAGCCGGGACAUACUAGGCCACUGGUUUGAUUUGAUGAACACACAGGGCUGGAUUGCUCGGGAGCAGAUUCUGGGAGAAGAGGCGCGGGCCAGGGUUCCCGCCGAGUUUGUGCGGCAGUCGCCCGAUGCGGCAAACCCGCCCACCUUCUUCUUGCUGCUUUCUGACAUGUCACAGCGUGUAGCUGCCGCUGCAAAGUGGGACGACGCUGACCGAGCAGAUGCCGAGUUGCUAAAAGCCGCUUGGCCACGGCUGCGCGCCUGGUACCUGUGGUUCAACAGCACACAAGCAGGCCCUGUGCCUGGCUCUUAUCGUUGGCGUGGGCGGGAUGCCAACAACCAGCAGGAGCUCAACCCCAAGACACUCACCUCGGGUCUGGACGAUGCACCUCGAGCGUCGCAUCCUUCAGGCAAGGAUAGCCUCAGGCCAGCACGACAUGUGGAUCUGCGCUGCUGGAUGGCCCUGGCCACCCGUGCGCUAGCCACCAUUGGAAGCAACCUGGGUCUACCCCACAAACAGGUGCAGCCGUUCCUGGAGUCUGCUGCCUGGCUAGAGGAUUUUGAACGGCUAAACGCCCUGCACUUGGACGAGGCCAGCGGCGAAUAUCGAGACUGGGGCAGCCACACAGAGGAUGUGGAGCUGCGGCGGCCCAUGGCGACGCUGUCUGAUGGGCGGCAAGUGCCCACAGGAGACAUGCAGCGAGUGGUGAUUGGCCAGCCCCCACGCUUGCAGCUGGUGCCACAGUUUGGUUAUAUCAGCCUCUUUCCCUUGCUGAUGCGCCUCAUCCCCCCUGACUCACCGGCGCUGGGCCGUCAGCUGGUGCUGCUGCGGGAACCAGAGCGCCUGUGGACAGACUAUGGCCUGAGAUCGCUAAGUCGCUCUGCCAGCAUCUACCAGCAGCGCAACACCGAGCACGAUCCUCCCUAUUGGAGGGGUGCCAUCUGGAUCAAUAUCAACUACUUGGCAGCAUUGCAACAUUAUGGCGACACCGUGGGCCCGUACCAGUCGCAGGCAGCGGGUCUGCACCAGGAGCUGCGGCGCAACCUGCUGCAGAACAUUGUGCGCGAGUAUGAGCGCACUGGCUACCUGUGGGAGCAGUACGAUGAUGCCACUGGCCAGGGAAAAGGCAGCCAUCCCUUCACGGGAUGGACAGCACUGGUGGCGCUGCUGGCCGCCAACCACUGA